AUUCAUUAACUAAUUAUCAAUUAAUUAUUUAGAGUUUUAAUAUCAAUUUUUUCAUGUAAACUUUUCCUUAAUGAGCUAAUGUCAUUGUUUUAUAUUUUCGAAUAUUUCCAACUGCCCAAACACAUAAUGCAAAACAGCUGAUUUUGUCUCUUUUGUUUAUACAAGUUUAACAAAAAUCAUAGGUAAACCUUUUGUUAAAAUGGACUCGAAGAAAAUAUCUUUUGGAUUCAGCAAAAUAACAAAAAAAUCUAAUUUGUUGCCGUCAAGCAAAGAUAAAGAAAAACAGGAAAAUAAAAAAGAACUCAUAAAAUGCUUGGAAGGCCAAGAAAUUAAACUUGUAGAGGAAAAGAAAGUAUAUGCUCCGAUGGUCAUACCAUUGAAGGAAAACACAAAAACAUCCGCGGCACUUGCCAGUUUAAUGAAAAGACGUGCUAUCCUUUUAGGUGAGGCAGAUGAGCUUCCACCUAGUGAGCAAACUAGUCAAAUUAAUAAUAAUGAAAAUCACGUAAAUGAGACGUUAGAGGAGAGGGCGGCACGUGAAUUGCUUGCUUCCGUACAAAGUAAAGGCAAUGAAACUAUUGAUCAAAAUCUUGUGUUACCCGCGUUGAAAGCAGACGAAUUGCCACUUGAUGGUGCCAAACAAUCGACAAUAGAUGAUUACGACAAUGUGCCCAUUGAACAAUUUGGCAAGGCAAUGUUGCGAGGUAUGGGCUGGACUGAGUCUAUUCAGAAGAAAGGUGAAACUCAAGCUGAUGAAAUGCUAUUUGUACGACCAAAAGGCAUGGGCUUGGGCGCAGAUAAAGCCCUUAAGAAACAACCGUUACUAGUGGCACCGGAAAAGAACGAAGUACUAGAAAUAAAGAAGCAAACGUAUGUGCGAAUUUUGGGUGGUAAACAUAAAGACAUGUAUGGGCAGAUUGAAGGUUUUGAUGAUCACGCCGGUCGGGUUAUUGUUAAAAUGGCAAUAGGAGGAGGCAAAGAAGCCUUCAAUGAGUUUUUGUGUCAACCUGUUUCGAAGAAAGAAUUCGCGCAGUAUGGCAAAUGCAUCAAUACUGCUAAAUAUGAAAAAUACAAAAAAAUGGAGAAUGAACAUGGACAAAUAAUAAUAAAAAAAGAGGGAAGUCCUAAAAAAACUUUAUCAUUGAAGGAUAAGAUUAAAGGCGAGUAUAAAAAUAAUAGCGAUAACAAGCACAAAUCAGAAAAUAAGCAUGGACAUAAAGGUGAUGAAAUCUCAGACAAAAACACUCAAAUAUAUAAAUAUGACAACGACCGCGAACGCUUUGAUCAACACAGUAGUUCUCGCAGACAACGAAGCGACGACCGACAAAGUUACCACAGUAGGGGCAGACGAAGUGAUGGAUACCGGGAUAGCAAUGUUCGCCAUUAUGAAUUAGACGAACCACGCAGCAGCAGCAGUCGCCGUGAGCGUUACGACGAUCGACGCAAAGAGCGUGAGGAAAGCAAACGUAGGUCAAGAGAACGCAGCAGUCGGACCGAGCAUGAGGAACGCCAUCCGUCAGCUGGUAGCUACAGUAGGCGUCAGCAGUACACUGACGAUACCAGUGCUUCUUCUGGUACUGAUAGUGAUUCCGACUCAGCAUAUGAACGUAAGCUGAAAAAGAAGUCGUCCAACGAUAAAUUGAAGCAAAAGAAGAAGAGUAGUAAAAAGUCCAAACGUAAACAACGACAUCGGACGUCGGAUACAGAGACUUCCUCUAAUAGUGACAGCGAGGAUGACGAAGAUGCAAGUCGUCGCGAAAAAAACCACCACAAAAAGAAGACAAAGAAAAGCAAGAAACCACGUUCAAGAUCACGAUCACAUGAUCGCACCGGGAAGAGAUGAUUAUUGUAAAAAAAAUAAUAAAUUCCAUAAUAUAUACUAUAUAAUAUUCUUUUUACUAAAAUCAAAAUUAUUUUGUUUAUAAUUAUAAUAGGGAUAUUUUAUUUUAUUGUGUAAAAUGUCAACACUCACGACUCAAUAUUUUGCUUAAAAUUGUAAAUUAAUCAUGUUUGUUUUUUAAUAUGUAUAUUGCCCAUAGGAAAUAUUUUAUCUAUAAUUAAGGGUUCCAGUUCUUCAUUACUUUCAUAAUUAAUAAAUCACAUUUAUAUAGAGAUUACUAUAUUUUUUUUUUUUAUUUUAAUGAAUCAUGAUUAAGUUGUAAGUAAAAUGUUAAAGAUUACGAAUUAAAAUGUUGGGCGAAAGAUUACUUAAUGGCACUAAGUUUAAACAUUAAACUAAACUAAAUCAUUAAAUUAAACUUUAAUGGCAUUAUUUUUGAGAAAUUAAUGAACUGAUUGUUAUAUAGAAUUUUGCAAAGAUAGAGCAGUCGUUGUUUAAGAGUAAACGAUACUUACUUUAUAUCUAAGACAUUAAUUACAAUUUUUGGUGAUUUAUAUGUUGAUGUUUAUCGGAUUGUGGUUUUGAAGAUUAUAUCCACAAAACUAUCUUGUGAUGGUGGAUGGUUCAAGGAGAACAUUGUAAUAUUUUAUAAUUUAAUAAAUUUGCGCAUAUA